AUGCAGGACAUGCAGGACAUGCCAUUAACAACGAAAAAAGCAAUAGCAACUGCAGGCAUGGAAACAGCCAGUAACACAGCCACCAUUAUCACCACCGCGACAUUGGAUGGCAGCACCACCAUAGCCACCACCGCCACAUUGGAUGGCAACAUCACUAACAACAACAGCAGCGCCAUCACAAACAGCAGCGGCAUCGCCAACAGCAGCAGCAUCGCCACCAACACCAGCCUUACUAAUAGCUUCCCCAACGACCACGAUGCCAGAUCUGUCAGCCAUUAUAGUAGUAGUAGCAGAAGCAACAAUUCCAGUUCCACUUGUGAAUAUCACAGCAACAACAGCAGCAACAACAUUAUCAACAGCAACAGCGCUUCCUCCAUAACUGGCGGUAACGAUAGCAUUGCCGUCGCCUCCAUCGCCAACAGCAGUAGUCCCGGCUCCAACAACACCAGCAACCCCGUCUCCAUCAACAGUAAGAACACCGGCGCUAGCGCCAGCAGCAGCGACAACAACAACAGCCACAACAGCAACGCCAGCACCAGUAGCUACAACAACGACUGCAGCACAGGCAACACGCGCAGGCACGAAAAUAUUACCGACACUACUACCACCCCCAUCGAUGCCAAUACCAACAGCAGCAAACCCAGCCUCAGCGACAACACCACAGGCGACAUCAGCGACAUCACACGCCUACAGAAAUACGAGGGGUGCACUGGGAAUUCCGUCAAACAGCGUCUUUGCAAUCAUUUCUCCUCCUUCGGAGUCCCGGAACGGAGAUACGUGACAUCGCUGGCCAGCCAUAUCUGGCAACUAAGAGACGAAGGGAUACCAUACUCGAUCGCAUGGAAAAUACUCGAGAACCCAGGCCCCUACAUCAACAGAACGGGACGUUGCAAGUUAUGUAUUGCCAAAUGCGCGAGAAUCCUAAAAGAUUCGAUCAUGGGAGAGAGAAUCCUGAACUGCAGGACGGAGAUUUUCGGGCCAUGA